UCGUAUGCACGAUAUAAUAGCCCUUUCACCCGUCCUAAUCUACUUUAGCCUCCGACCUUUCUCACCGCCACUGAUCUCGCUGAACGGCGACAGAACGUUAUUCACAUCAGUACCGGAUCGAAGAGUGUCGAUGCGAUGCUUGGUGGAGGGAUUUCAACUCAGAGUAUCACAGAGGUCUAUGGAGAAUUCAGAACCGGCAAGACGCAGCUUUGUCACACACUCUGUGUGAUCGCCCAACUUCCCGACGACCAGGGCGGGGCAUCUGGUCGGGUGGCAUAUAUUGACACUGAGGGCACUUUCCGACCGGAUCGUAUCCGAGACAUCGCCGAGAGAUUUGGUGUGGAUUCCGACAUGGUCAAGGACAAUAUCCUCUGCGGUAGGGCUUGGAGUUCGGAGCAGCAGUGUGAGAUGCUCGUGGACUUGGCUGUGCGAUUCGUAGAGGACAGAACCUACAAGCUGCUUAUCGUGGAUAGCGUCAUGAACCUCUUUCGUCAAGACUACUCUGGUCGUGGGGAACUGUCCGAACGCCAGCAGAGGCUAAACCAAUUCCUCGCCCGUCUCCAAAAGCUUGCUGAAGAGUUUAACAUCGCUGUUGUGCUCACCAAUCAAGUCCAAGCCGACCCUGGCGCUGCUGCUAUGUUCGCCGCCGCUUCCAGUGCGAAGCCCGUCGGAGGGCAUAUUCUAGCGCAUGCCUCUGCCACUCGAAUCCAGCUUCGAAAAGGUCGCGGUGAAGAACGAAUUGCAAAAUUGAAUGACUCACCCGAUAUGCCUGAGGCAGAGGCGACUUACACACUCAAGUCAGGCGGUUGGGAGGAUGUCCAAUGACAUUCCGAGCAGAUCCCAAGCAUGAGGAUCACGAGGGCGGGAACGAACCAUCCAGACCAAUCGGACAACGUCACUUUGCAGAGGCUCUAGAAGCCACAGAUUCGUAUCGAAACAUCCCUUACAUUUUCACCAAACCCAUUCGUCUCGCUGCCCUUCCCAUCUUAUGUUGUACACUAUGACGAGGCAUGCCCUGAUUUUCUGUAGCCUCGCCUCUGAGCGUAAGAUUGACUCAGUAGCAAUACAUCCCGUAUCCACACACUUCUCUCUCAGUCAUGCGGCAUUCCUUCCAAGCCCAACUUUUACCAACCUACGGCACGUUUCGCAAUGUCGGAUCUGGUGAA